AUGUGGCAAACGGUGAACCCGGCCUCUGUUUACCGACGAGGCCGAUACGUGCCCACGGCAGCCGCCUCUCACCCCAUUCCGAUGCCCGAUUUCCUCCGUAGAGUGUCGACCGACAGACGCUCCCAGCAGCCGGGACCGGAGGUUUCCCGGCCUCCCAGGUAUGCUCCCACCACUAACCAACAGGUCGUCAGAGUGUGUCCCCAGUGCAGGGAGGUCCCGCUAGGUCCCGGUCCCGUCGUGAACGGCCAGCCCAGCUACCCCGUCUGCGAGGAGUGCCGCCAAACCAACAUCAGACAGCAGGUUCUUCGCGGCAUCGCUGCGGAGGCGCUCGUGGAACUCAGCCGCCAUGCUGUUGUCCACUCGCCCGGCCGCGCCGGCCGAGAAGAAGCCGGGCGAGGCCGAGACCUCUCCGAACCCCGUCCUGCCCCCCAAAGCACUCAGGGGUUUCUGUGCCUGCGGUGCAAAAGACCAGGCGUUCCCCUGGCACCCGGUCGCCGGCGUUGUGUGGAGUGCAUCUGCGUCCUCGUCGCCUUCGGUCCGGACAAGGGCGGACAACAGGUAGAAGUAGGGAAUGGUUUCAAUGCUAACCCACGACAGGACGAGCCCGAGCACAGGGGUUGGCACACGUGCAAUGCCUGCUUCAGGAACCAGGUGCCCCCCGGCGAGGGAAAAUGCCACGACUGCGUGGACCGGUCCGCCUCGGAGGCUCAGGCCUCAACUACCCUCGCGGCGGCGGCGGCGGCCACCUGCGUCAUCUGCGAGAGCGAAUCCGCCGCCAACGGGCAAGCCUACUGCAACAACUGCGAGGUCGAGGGCUCGCGUGGAAUGGGCGCGAGCGUGAUGCUGGACGCCAAGCAGUGCACCGCCUGCGGCGAGGAGGUGGACACCACGGCGGACGCGCUCUGCUGGGACUGCCGCAUGCCUCCUCGGAACCCAGACGAGCGUGAUGAGGAGGAAUGGCUCGAGAACGAGAUUGAAACGUGGGAAGACGGUCCUUCGCAGCAGCAGCAGCAGUCGCAGGCUCAGGCUCAGCAGUCGGGGAGUGACAAGAUGUGCGGUUGUCUGAGGAACGCCGCCCGCUGGGGCCGGAUGCUGUGCAACGACUGCUACGAGGCUCUCCGCAGCGUAGAUAGGAGGGGCUGGGCCGACUGGAAGCGGAAGAAUUGGCCCAGCAAGGCGAGGCGCGUUGCUCGUUUAAGAGAGGAACAGACGAGUUGGAGGUAA